AUGGCUGAUGCGCUGGCCGAAGCCUUGGGGGUGGGUACCGCUGGCGCGGAGCAGAGGUUCAAGAUCGGAGGGGGUGGGUACGGCGGCGGCGGAGGGGCUUCGGUGGGCACGAUCGACGACCUCGAAACGGGCGACAAGUACUUCUACAAGAAGGCGGGGCCCUCCGGUGCCAGCAUGCUGGAGGCUGAGCGAGCAGGUCUUCAGGCCAUGUACGAAGCCAAGGCGAUCCGCGUGCCCCGGCCGAUAUGCGGCGGAGACAGGCCAGGGGGCUGCUUCGCAAUCUUCGAGCACCUGAACAUGGGUGGUAGGGCUUCCUCGGAGAGAGCGGAGCUCAUGGGCGCGCAGCUGGCGCAGAUGCACCGCAGCCUCAGUCCGAACGGCAAGUACGGCUUCCACGUGGACAACACAAUCGGAGCUACCGCGCAGCCGAACGGCUGGAUGGAUUCUUGGGCAGACUUUUGGGUGGAGAGGAGGCUUCUCCACAUGAUCCGUCUGAGCGAGCGGGAAGGGGGCGUUUUUCAGAACGUGGACAAGGUCGUCGAAAAGACGAGGUCCAUCUUGGCGAAGCACGAGGUGCAGCCGUGUCUGGUUCAUGGGGACCUGUGGGGAGGCAACCAAGGGUUUGUGGCACCGGAAAGCGAUCCGGUAAUAUUUGACCCGGCGACCUACUACGGGGAUCGAGAAGUGGACCUCGGGAUGACCCAUGUGUUCGGCGGGUUUCCACCUGCGUUUUAUCGAGGGUACGAGAAGGAGUGGCCGUUGCCAGAGGGCCACCAGGAGAGGCAGGUGGUGUACAACGUCUACCACAUCUUGAACCACCACGUCUUGUUUGGCGGGGGGUACCUUGGCCAGGCGCAGAGGAUGAUGGGCCAGAUACUCAACAUGUAG